AGCUUUUAUUACUCCCAGAUACAGUCGACCGCACAGGAGAAAGAAGCUAAAGAAAUGAACACUUUCAGAGAUAUUGUCACAGACCGCUAAAGAACCACUCCAAAUCGGUCAAUGGCUACAAUAACAAUGGAUUCUGGGAUAAUUUACACAUAAUCUUUUUAUAUCUUCUUACAUUUUUUGUGGCUGCCCAGCAAGCAAGAACAGAGGCCUUUGUGACUACCAUGGCUCUUCAGCUGCUUGGGUUCUUCCUGGGUAUGCUGGGUUUUCUUGGUACAGUAGCAGCAACAGUGCUUCCCCAUUGGCGCUGCUCUGCCUACGUGGACACCAACAUUAUAACCGCCGUCUCCUAUAUGAAGGGCCUGUGGAUGGAAUGUGUAUCACAUAGCACAGGCAUCUACCAGUGUGAGCUGCACCGAUCCCUCCUGGCUCUUCCGUCAGAUCUUCAGGCCGCCCGAGCACUAAUGGUGCUCUCUUGUGUCACCAGCACCUUAGCUGUCCUUCUAGCUGUCAUGGGGAUGAAGUGUACUCAGUGUGCCCAUGCUCUAUCCACCAAGAAUGGCCUGCUGUUGGGGGGAGGUGUUUGCUUCCUCAGCGCAGGUUUACUCUGCUUGAUCCCAGUGUCAUGGACAACCCAUAGCAUUAUUCAGGACUUCUAUAACCCCUUCCUGCCCAGUGCGUUGAAGUAUGAGAUCGGCCAGGCUAUUUUUGUGGGAUACACCUCAUCCUGCCUGAGUCUGAUUGGGGCCUUUACUCUCUGCUGUAGCACCAAUAGGCAGCAGCAGCCAACGAGAUACCCCCCUCCCCACCAAAUGGUUGGAUUUCCCUCAGCACCUUCUCCACCCCCUGCUGUACUGGCCGCUGCUCCGUCCUACAGGCCCCCAGAAGCACUGAGGGGCAAUUGUGUCCCCUCAGUUCUCUCUGUCUCCCAAGGUGGCUACAGGCUCAAUGACUUUUUCUAAUAUACAUAGUAAUAUAUACUAAUAUUAUUUCAUUAAGGCUCCUCAUCACUUUCCACUUAUCUUUGAUUUAUGUCAGAAAUCAACCUUGUUGGAUUUGUAUGAUGAAGAAAUAAAAGUAUGUGUAAACAAAUUACCAGAUGAUGGCUCUUCCUCAAUACAAAUACAGAUUUUCAGAAGCAUAUUUGCAAUGCUGAAUUGAAGAAUGGCUGGAGUAGCAAUUUUUUCCAAAAAGAUUCAAUAGCAUAUACGUUAUACCUAAGUUAGGGAAUAUUUUAAUUGGAGCUGAGAGUUUAUCAGACAGCAUUGUCUUAAUUGGAAUAAUAAUUACUUUUGAUGCAAACUAAAGAAAUCUAAUGUUAUUCAGGCCAUGUGACGCCGACCAAAGAAAUGUCUGAAGUGAUGUAAUGUCAUGAAACGUAGUAUUUUUGGACAGCAGCUCCAACAUAAACUUUGAUUAACACAUUUUAAACCCUGAUUCCAUUUCUUUGGUUUUACUGUUUAAAAUUGAUUUAUUCUUCCUCUUUUGCCUGCCUCCGUAUUUCAAGAAUUGAGUUAUAC